AUGGCGGCGCGGGGAGAGGGAGGCGUCGUGGAGGCCAAGGCGGUCCCGUCUCCCUCUCAGGGCUCCUGGGGCAGCGCCUUCCUCCUGCUCCUCCUGCAACCACCACCGCCGCCUCCGGUGCCGCCGCCGCCGCCUCCCGCUCCCCUCACGACGGAGGAGGCAGCCGCCAUGUUGGCAACAACCGCCGCGCAAGCUCCUUCUUCCGGGGGUCGAACGGUUGAGGAGGGGACAGGCCUCGCGGAGCAUCUCGGGUUUUUUCGCGUCCUCGCCUCUUCCGAGUUUGCGUCCCGGCGAGAGCUGGGAAAGCUGCGCUGGGGAGACGCCCACCGGGGGCGAAGCCCAAGCAAAACCCUCGGCGGGAGAGGGAGGCGGCGAGCGCACCUGCUGGCCGCGCCGAAAGCGCACGGGCUCGCCAAACCUCCCCAAGGGCGCGCCGGACCUCUCCAAAGCGCCACCUCUGCGCCACGUGUGUGUGUGGCCGGCGGGCCUCGUCUCGUGCCCCUCCGUCGCCGGGGCCGAGGCCGAGGUGAGCCAGCAAGGGGGCGCGCCUUGCUGAGCUCCCCCCCGCCCCGCUCUAUGCCGGCGCGCCAGAAGGAGGAGGAGGAGAAGAAGAAGAGAGCCGCGGCCGGGCGCGUGGAUGCGGUGGCGGCGCUGCUGUUGCGGGAGCGCACGGCGGCUGCAUCGGCCGCUUCCGCGACGGGCUCGCUGGGCCGGCCGCCUCCCGCCGCCGCCCUUCUCCCGAGGAUGUUCAGCGGCGUGGGCUGCUUCUGGGUCCUCUUGUCGUCCUGCCUCGUGGCCGUCUGCAGCUUCAGCUUCCUCUCGCCGGCGUGGAUCGUCAAGGACCGCGGGGGCGCUCGGCGGGUGGUGGUGGCGGCCGCCGCCCUGGGAAGCAGCGAAGGCGGCGGCGAGGUGAGCUUCGGACUGCUGUGGCACUGCUCGGAGUCCCUGCGCCGCAUCCUGCACGAUUGCUACGCCGUCGGCGGCCUCGGGAGGUUCGGCGAGAUCCCCUCCGGGUCCUGGCAGACGAGUGCUGUGCUCUGUUCUGGGGGCUGUGCUCUCCUGGCCUUCAGCUCCCUCCUGGCAGUCAUCGUGAUCUUUCUCCCAAGCGGUCCAUGCGAGAGACGGGUCUGCACCCUGGCUGGCUACAUUCAGACAGCAGCAGUGUUCAUCAUGGGAUUUGGACUCUUGGUUUAUCCGUUCGGCCUUGGCUCCGCCGCCGUGAGGAGACACUGCGAGAAUUCGAGCAUCUACUAUGCAGGCGAGUGCCAGAUUGGGUGGGGGUACAUGCUGGCCAUUGUCGGCGUCAUGCUCUCUGUCUUUCUCCCGUUCUUUGCCAAAUACGCCCCGAAAGAGCAGGCCUCUCCCACUCCCAUACCCUCGAUUUUGUAGUACUUUGUCGGCCCUGGACAUCCGGACGUGCCCGUUUGAAAUCGGUGGAUGGCAAGAGUAGGAGAGGACUUCUUCUUAGCUUCGUUGCUAAGGAAGGACGUCGGGGGCAAUGAUAGCAACAAGCGCUUGUGUUACUACAAAAGACCCCCCAAACGCGCUGGUGUGUCUUCCAUGUACAUGAGGAAUGAACGCUCUGGAACGGCGAUACGAGGACGCUCAGCAACAGACAUGGAUAACGGCUGAACGCCUCAGAAACAAAACAAAUCUGUCUUUAUCCUCAGAAUAUCUGUCUACCUCCUAGUUUCUUGUGUGUGCGUGUCACGAAACUUUUUCUAAAGUUCAAUUUUAUACCGUAUUCUUGAAUAUCUGGACUUUUUGAUCCUCCUUGUUUUUCAACCCGCUUUGUGCUGUUUUGUAAGUUAUAUUAUUAUGAUGGGGGGGGAGUUUGUUGGUGAUGAAUUGAGUAAUGGCAAAAAUAAUGUCUCCCCCCCCCCCGUUGUUGAGUCAGUGCAUGCCAGUACCAAAAUCAUGCAAAGACACCUUUCUCUAAGGUCAGAAGUAUAGAUCUCAGCUUGCUGAUCUAUUUUAUUUUUAGCUGAGUUUUGGUUAAAGAGGCAUUUUCUGUGUCUAAAAUCGUGCAACUAAUCUUCAGGGACACAAUUUCAGGAAGAAGCAGAGCAAGGUUCUCAGCCUGGCUUAAAGGCCCACUGUUGGUGAUCAUCACAGUCACAUUAUUCUUAAGAGCCUUUAUUGUGGUUACUUCUUAAUAUCUCAUUGUUAACUUUUGACAGCCUCCAACCGAAAGGGGCGUAGACAAAUCCAUGGAGCGUGAUAGGUCUGUCAAUGGCCACUAUGGGUUCUGCUGGCUGGUGCCAGUGCAAAAGCAUUCCAUCAACCUAACAGGCCGGUAUCAAUUCAAGUUCAUUCGUUGUCUGCUAGCCACUGCUUUUCCCAAUCCAUUUUUUUCCUUGCAAAAAAAAUUGAUACUAGUAUCAAUAUUUAUGUUGAUAAUUUGAAAGGAAAUAUCAGUAAAAUUAUUGUUCUUAAUAUCUAUAUUUUAGAGGUGGGUUUCUUUUUUACAAAACUUUUCAAAACUUUUUAGCUAUGGAAAAUUGCUACAUAAAAAUCUGACCCGCAACUAUAGAGAAUAAGCAAAUUAAUGGAAAAUUCAGUACCAAGUCUGAAUUGGGCGAAAUUCUAGCACAUCCCUACUAGUCACAAUAGCUAGAUAUUGCUUUCACCGAUAGAGGCAGUCUACCGCAGAAUACCAAUUGCUGGGAAGGAAGAAUGGGGCUGUUGCUUCUGGGCUUCCCGGAGGCAUCUGAUUGGCUGCAGAGGGAAAGAGGAUGCUGGACUGGAUAGGCUUUUGAUCUGAUCCUAUAGGGUGCUUAUUCUAUAGCAAACAUGAUGAACACAAGUCAAAAAGCCUGCCUCACACAAUUAUUUUAUUUUUUUAAGUAAACAGCAAUGUGGUUUCGGUACCUAUACCUGACACAUAGACCCACAUAAUUACUUAAUUGGUCUCUGCGUCUUCACCAGCAAAUUGGCCAUAAAUAUUGGUUCUCUUAAGAAUUAGUCGUAUCGCUUCUCGGCCUUUUGGCUAAGAUCACGUGUAGUUGUAUGUGGGCACCCCCUCCCUCUCUCCCCCCCUCCCAGUAUAUUGUCAUUGUAACAAUGUACGUGCUACAAGACCGAUGCCAUCCCUUUACACGCAAGAAUUCAUUUAACUGAUUACUUUUCUAACAUGGAAUUGCAUGCAGUAAUUUGAGCCACACACGCACACAGAAUUGAAAUAAAGCAGGUGGACUUAUUUGGGUUUUAUUAGGCAAUAAUUCUUCAUCUUCCUUUAUUUUUAAAAAUGGCGGAUUGGGGCUCAGCCCUGACCCUCGUGCAUAUCGGGAGGCAUGGAGAGAGUAUAACUCAUAAGGUUGUGGUUGGUUAAAAGCGCCCGGCCUGUAUCUAAGUAUGUAUGCAUGUAACAAUUAAAAGGAAUUAAGCCACUUAUCAAAAAACACAUGUUUUGAAGCCAGGGGUCCUGUCUGCAGAUUGCAAGGAUGCUAGUGGAAAAGAGACAGAGAGCGAGAGGGGAACAAGCUUUAUUUUCAUUGUGAGAAUCGUGUCGAUCCAAGAUGUGUCAAGCAGCUGACUCUGAGCACAUGAAUGCUGACAUCUGGCCAAAUUUUUUAUUUUAGUUUAUUGUGCCAGAGCCUACUGUUCAGAUAAGAUGCUGAAGAAAGCUGUCUUGGUGGCUUAUAAAACACAACUCAGCGUUAAGUGUUUCUCUCCCAGCUGAACAAAACUGAAUCUGACGUGAAGAAGGUUCUAGCGGCAGGCGCGGCAUUUGCUGCGGUUCCGUUGCCACGGCCUGCUGCUGUAACAAACGCACCAUUUGCCUUAAACCGAAGAAAAAGCGAUUUGGGUCCCGAAUCAGAUCUCAACUUCAUUUCAUUUAAAGCAAACGCUUUUGGCUUUUGCCGUUCAGAUCUGAACAGAAACUAUGGUGAUUUGGUAAUGACCGUCGCCAGUUUGUCUAGGCCAAACAGAAAUGUCUUUAAGACUAGCAUUAACUAAACAUGUUGACAUCCACCUUCCUCCGUAAUACUGGAGCAUUGAACUAAAUGAUCUUGAACCUUUCUCCAUUUCUGGUCGUUCACUUAUUAAACGUACAUUAUCAUUGAAUUGCACUGCCAAUAUCCUUGUAGGAUCCGUAUCCAGCGCUUACAUGCCUGCAGUGCUGUUCGGUUGCUUUCACGAUCGUGACAUGUGACCAAAUGACCCAUGGCUCAACUGAACGCAGUCAUUCGCCGUUUUCAGAUUUACCAACCUCACCCUGUUUCUGUGCCCCUGCAGGGGUGGUAACUCACCGGUGGAGCAUCCGCUUUUGCAUGCAGAAGGCUCCAGGUUCAAUCCCCAGUGGCAUCUCUCCAUAGAGCUGGGAAAAGACUCCUGUCUGAAACCCUGCAGAGCUGCUCCCAGUCAGGGUAGACUAGCAGUGGGGACCUUUGUCCCAGGAGCCAAAUGCCACCCCUACAGAAUUCUCUCAUCUGACUCUUGGAGGGCCCCCCCAGACCACACCCCUCACUGGCCCUGCUUUUUGUACCAUCCACGAGUGUUUUUGCCUCGCUGGGAUGCGUCUUCGAACUCUGAUAAUGCCUCUUGCUUGCUGGGUGGAGGAUGGAGAGAUGUGCUUGUGUGGGGUGUGUAGAAAUCUUUGAAUGAAACGUGGCUGCAAUGGAGCCUUGCUUUACGAAAGUAAGAGUUGCAUCCAUUGCUCCGCCCGCUUCUUGGCUCUGGCCCCACCCACCCUUGGCAUGACCUCCCCCCUGCCACACUCUCUGAAGGCCUUCCACCCGUCCCUCUGCUUUCAUACUUGCAACCAGACCCGGGGUGAAGCUGUGACCACUAUCUUCCUCCUCUUUCUCAGUCUCAGCGUUUCCCCUAGAGGAAGACGACAGGGGCAAAACUAGGAUGUGUGUCAUUGGCCCUGGCUCCGCCUGCUAUUGGGUCUCUUUGCCUUCUGCCCAGCCAGUCCCAGUGGGCACCAGCCACCAUGGGUAGGUGGACCAAUCAGUCUGACUCAGAUAAGACAACUACCUGCGCAUCCACUUUCAGGAGUGCUUCAUUCUUACACAUAGUGAGCAGUCAGCAGACGCCUUCUGCUUGGAGCAACAGCACAAGGAGGGCCAAUUUAGAUAACAACCCCUCAUUUCUGGAUUUCACGCAAGCAACCUCUUUCGUUGCUUGCACUCUGUGGGUUGACUCCAUUGCUAGCCCUAACUCGGAGUAGACUCGUCUGCGUUAAUAGGCGUGAUCAACUUCAGUACAUGGGUCUAGCCUGAGUAGGCUGUAGCUGAAUCCAACUCUCUGCUUCUCUAGACAUUAAUGGCCAGAGCAGUUUGGAAUUUUCCUCAUCAGUAAGGUGGGGAGUGUAAAAGAAGUAGCUAAAAGGCAGAAAGAAAACUCUUAACGUCAAUAGCGAGAGAUGGAGGGAGGAAAACUGGGAAAGUGACAUUUUUUCAUUCCCAACUGACCUGUGCCUUUUAACCAUACGGGAUCCCUCUUGACCAUCAAGUCAAAAUGCUCAUCAGCCAGUGAAAAUGUAGUAUAAUGUUGUAAAAAAUGUAUUUCUCUGUGUGGUUUGAGGUUUUUAAAACCAGUUUUGUGUGCUGUUUGCUUAGGCGUUUCACUAGAAGAGUGAUUUCUUGGUGUGCACGGGCGGAGGGGUGUGUGGAAUCAUUUUUGCAAAAACUGGACAUUAAUUUUAGCCCCAGGUGGGGUUUUGGAGCACUCCGCCAUGAUUAUUUCUGGCGAGUUCAUAUCUUUGCGUUGUUGCUUUGAAAGGAUCUGUACAAAUUCUAUUGUACCCAAAACUAUUUCAUAUUUAAAACUGCUUUCUAGAGUGCCAACUUAGUAACGAUGUCAAACGUCGUUAUUCCCUCCCCCCGAAGCGUACAUCAGAAAAUAAUAGAACGAUGCUUCCAUUUUGUAUUUUGUAUAAUUUUUAAAUAUGACUUACAAGUACCAUUGGUUAAUGUGACUUGAAACACAGGGAAAGGUCAUUUUAAAAUUCAAACAAUAAUCUGGAGAAAUGUGGCAUUUGUCAGGUAGAAAAAAACUGGUGGAUAUGAAUCCUCUCCCUUGUAAAAAGAUAACAUAAUCAUUUGGCUGCUACUUGGUUUGGAUGCAAAGAUCCCUUUCCUCCGAUAGGAGCAAGACUCCUUCUGUCAAGAGGAACAGGAUUUUGCAUCCAACCAGUUGCUCUUGUGGAAGUCCCCUUAAGAGACUUAACCAUUUAGAGAAAUGAAGGGGGGGCAGGCCCCUCGUGUUUCCUGUUUCUUCCAAAUAUUAAAAGCCAUGUGUACAUCAGAUGAUUGCGCCAAUAAUUCCUAAGUGGUGUGACACAAGAAAACAGCUACCAGGGCUGUGAGAACUCAAGUCAAUAAUGUGCUUCUGUGAGACCAAAACCCAGGUGCUUUUGAGGAUUGUGGUUCUUUGUGGAUCUAGUGUCCCUAGAGGCCUUGCUUCCUCGCAACUGCAGAUUGUUGCCCCAUCUCCACAGUAGGUGUGAUUACAGAGACACAGCACAAGUGGCUGCCCCUUGGAGGAAACUCUCUGUUGUGUCUCUGCAUGAAUCUAGGGCCAGCACCCAGUAUCUUUGGGUAAGUGUCUGGACCCCAGCAGCACCCGCAGCUUAUGUCUGCUCUGGAUGAGUAGCUAUGUGUAGGGAGGGGCAAUCAGAGAGCUCUACGAUGACAGCCCCCUCAAACCUAUGGGCCACAGAGAUACAGGGGAGUGGGCUCCUCGAACAGCGGGUAAUUUUUGAAAGCAAAUCUUUUCCAGUUAUAAGAAUGGAGUGUGCCUUUGAUUUUUUUUAACAAGCAAUUAUGUCUUCAGCUAUCAGAAAUUUGGGGAACACUUUUAAGUUUAAUGGCUUGGCUUUGAGAUGUGAGCUGUCUCUGCUGAGAUGGGUUGUGUUUUGAGCUGGCAUUUGCUGAUCUUAAAAUCCUUAAAACGAAUCCUUUGAUGGCUUCUUUAGAGAUAUGGGUUAUUGCUUGAUUCUAGUUAUCACAGGUCUCAACCAUGUUUUGACCAAAAGGUGGCACCCAAGCCUAAAAGAGUGAUAAUCAGUAAAUGCACUGAUAAACAUGGAUCUGUGAUUUGGCCCUCAAAGUGGAUAGGUGAGGCACCCUCAGAGAUUCAGACUGCAAAGCUGCACAUAAAUACAAUGGCUGCAUUCGAACAUAAUGAUAAACAAUAGUUUAUCAUGGCAAGAACAAGCCUAGCCUCCCUCCAUGCUGGCAAGGCUGUGAGGAAGAGAUUGGAAUCUUUCAUUUCUUAUUUCAAAUAACCACAGUUUGGUGUUGCAUCAGAAUCCUAAACUGGGAUUAACAUUAACUAUGGUUUGAUGAAACAAGACAGCUUCAUAAAUGGUGGUUUGAAGUUGGCAUGUUUCAAAUGAAGCAUAGGUAAGAUUAACCAUAGUUUGUUGGGUUUGGGCAACAUGGCAGGAGUGAAGUGAACUCCUGCUGGGAGGAAGGGCAGGAUAUAAAUCAAAUAAUAAAUAAAUAAAUAAAAUAAGUGAACGCUUCUGAACUCUUCCUUGUGGCCACACAUAGAAGAGUACAAAGAGGGAGUGCACAAGCUGGAGGGGAGGCUAGACUUGCCUCCGUCACAGUACACCAUGGUUUAUUGUGAGAUCCACAUGCAGCUAUUCAUUGACUGUGAAUACACAGUAGACAAGGAUAUGAGCUGAGAAAUUACAUAUAGAGUCUGCAAGUUAAAUUGUGCAUAUAGCUUUUUUAUUUUUGUGUUUUUUUAAAAAAACAGAUUACUGCU